GCAGAAAUAUCGUCUGCUAAUUUCAACGGCAUGGAUAAAAACGAUUCUUGUAACUAUCGUGUACAGCUUUGCUCAAGUCUAUCACGUCAAUACGUUCUCGCAAAUUUUAGCAAUGGCACUAUCAGUGGAAAUAAUUUACAAAAAAAUUUCCAGCUGAAACAAGCAGAAAAAGGAAAGAAAAGAUUCCUGUGUGCUGAGAGAUCAAGCGAAUCGCAAAUUCCUGAAGGUUUAAGUUUUCAUGGAGAAGUAAAACGACAAAAGUUCGUUAAAGGUAAUGAUGGUGAAGAUUCAUGCUUGGCUGAGAAAUCACUACUAAUCUGCGAAAGAAAUGAUGAAGAAAAAGUACUAAAGAUUUACUUAACAACUGCAACUUGCGAGUUAACAGCUAAUGUCGAAGGGGAAAAAUCAAACUUCGACGAAGAGGACAGAGAUCAAUCGAAAGAAAGCACAAGAGAUAAGAAGCAAAAUCUUAUAGAAUUAUUUGGUGAUGCCAAGAGAAAACGUGGUCAAAGGCUUAAGUUAAAAAACCGUGAUGUCAUUGACGAAAAAGCAGCAGAAAAAACUGUAAAAGAAUCUUCGCAAAAAGUAAUUGAAAAGUUAGAAGGCGAAGAACCCGCUGAAGAAGAGGACACGAUGGAUGACUUACGACCGCCAUUCAAUAGUGAGGCAAAGGAGCCGAAGAAAGUUUAUAACAUGGACAUGGUCUUUCCCCCAGAAGUUUGGCAGUGCCUAGAAGACAAAAGUCAAGAGCUUGCUAAAGAUGCAGAUUCUGAUUUUAAACUAUUAGCCCAUAAAUAUUCCAUCUUCAUAGCAGAACUGGUGCAAAAAUAUAAAACCAAAGACAAAUCACUGCGAAUUCUCCUCUAUUUAGAUGUUUUAUUAAGGAUUCACAAUAGUCAUGGAAUGGGACUGAAAUCCUUGAAAGUUAAUUAUAUACCUAGAACUGUUAUGGAAGGAAUUUUAAAUUUUUAUAGUACAAAGGAUAAGAAUGAAGCACGUAAAGUUAUUCGUGUGAAGUCCAGAUAUCAGAAUCUUCUACUACAAGUUCACGUCAUUCUCUUACGAUUGCAUUUGGAUAAUUUCUGUAUAGAUACCCAACAAGUGGCUAACUCAUUGUUCAAACCGGCAAAUGACAUUAUAAAACUAGCAAAGUUCUUAGGGUGUACGAUAAAGAAGUCUUCACCGUACGGUCCAGCUUGUGGUCAGCAUGGCAUUUAUUCUUUCUAUAAAUCGUUUAAAUAUUUACGAGGAACAAAGCAAAGAAUUAUAUCGACUGGAGAUUUCUUUUUUAUGGAAAUUGAUAAUGACCUUCCAGCGAUAGGCGAAAUACAAUUAGUGUGGACCGAUAAGAAUUCUACGGAAGCAUUCGUUAGUUUAAAAAUCUACUAUUUACCGGCCUACGUCUCUGACAGUAAACAAGAACAUCACGGCCAGGACGAAGUAAUUGCUGAAGCCGACAAAGUAGUAGUGAGCGUCGACAACUUAGCCAAAUGGUUGACGGACGACGCCUUCAGGCAUUGGAUGACCGUUGGUCAUAGAGGUCCAGCGAAGGGAGAAUGCCAACAAACGGAUGAUAUAAACACUAGCAGUUUUCUUCCACCAGCUGUGUCCGUACAACGGAAGCGAUCCAGGAAAGCCGAUGGCGGCGACGAUUUAGUCAUCGUAACUUAUGCUCAAUACUGCCGAUAUCGUGCGGCCUUGAAGCGUUUAGAAGGCGUCACUAACCAAUGGUUAAGGCAUACUAUCAUUAGUGCCUUAGGCGGUUUUUCCCUCCCAACUGGCAUUAAACGGGUACUAUUUGUAAGGGAGGUUACUUCGCACACAAAUCUCGACCAGCAUCCUUUUAGAUUAUAUGGCGUUACGCCAACAUUAAAAGGGAGACCCCGUAAACGAAAACUCAACUACGAUGGGGAUUCCGAUAGCGACUUUGUGCCUACAAAAGCUAUAAGAACGAGCGUUGACUCAAAACAAGACGAUUCUUCCAACGAUUCAAUACCUUCCACAAACGAAGAUUCUGACCGUAAAUGGUCGGAUGAUGAACGUGCUGUAGUGAGGGUUAAGCUCGGACCUCGGGGGGAACCACCUAAUCAGGAACGCGAGGACUUCCUACUAGACCUUAAAGAAUUCAUGAGAAGGAAUAAUACGCCCGUUGAACGAGCUCCUUUCCUAGGAUUUAAACAAUUGGACUUGUUCCGUAUUUAUAAACUCGUUAAGGAUUACGGAGGCUAUGAAGCAGUCUGUUCCAGGCGACUCUGGAAGAACAUUUAUGACACUUUAGGGGGAAAUCCUACUAAUACUUCGGCUGCUACAUGUACCAGACGUCACUACGAGCGUUUAAUUUUACCAUUUGAGCGCUAUUUAACUAGAAAAAACUCUUACAGAACGAAAGAAACAGGCCAUGAUUUUUCAAUUUUAGAAAAUCAAUGGUCAGAAAUAAAAGCUAAACAUCAAUCAUCAGAAGCAUCUAAUCAAUUAGCUAAACGCCAAGUAGCUCGACGAACUGUUAAAGACGAGCUCGAAGCUCGACAAAUAGAAAUUCAAACAUCAACAUCAAAUAAAUUGUCAACUGGUCGACGGACAAUAAAAGACGAAUUAGAAGCUAGAAAAAUUGCUUCGUUAAACAAUGGCCUUAGUUUACCUCAGUCCUUACCACAAACUGUUUCUCAGUCGAUUACACAAUCAUUUUCACAGUCUUCCAAUCCAACGAAUGGGUUUGUAGAAUUAGCUGUACCUACAGUGGAGAAUCCUACUUCAAAUAAACCUGAGCAAGCCGCUGAUGUCGCAAACAAUAAUUGCUCUAUGAAUGGGAUUACUGCACUUACUCUGCCUUUCAAUGUUCCUAUGUUAAAUGGAAAAUUCAAUUUAGAUUUGCUACCAGCCGCUAUACCGGCAUUGAACUUACCAAACUUGAACGGCGUAUCGACGCUGCCAAGCUUUCCGAAACCGUCUUUCUACGUUCCGACGGCCUUAAAUGGAUUAAGUGGAAUACCUUUUCCACCUUUAGCGAAUGUCGUUGGAACUUUGACACCACCGGAGAUUCUUCGAAAAUGA